GAGCAGAGCCACACAGCGGUUGCUCAGCCCACUUAAAGUCUCUUUGAUUUACUCUGAGAACCACUGCUCCCAUCAGUGUGGCAGAAAGAUGCGGCUUCCACAAUCUUUUUUUGUGCUUUUUAUUCUUAUGACGAGUCUUCUCCUGGUGAAUGGAUUCAAACCAGUGACAAAGAAGAAGUCUCACAGGCCCUACUGCCUUCACCGCAGAUGCAGGCCACUCCAUUCUCGAGUGCCCUUCCCUUGAGGAUGUUAUUAUUUCUCCCUGGCCUCCAAACACGGACUUCACUAGAUAACCAAAAAGAGUCUGCCAGCAGAAGAAGAGGGCACAAGGGGAGACACCAACCCACCUACCCAUGAAGACUUCAUUGUUGCAGGACUGCGAUUUCUUAGAAAUACUGCACUAAAAGGAAUUGUUUGGAAACACUCGGAUUCUCUUCUUUCUGGUUUCUCAUUAGAUUAUAAAUUUACAAAAUGAUUCCAGUAGAGGCACAAUUAUUUUUCUGCAUAAGAAAAAGUUCUUAUUUCUGUUUUCUAUAUAUCAUUAUAGCUGUAUGCUUCUUUAAUAGCUAAGAAAUAUCUAAUAAUAAAAAUGCAAAAGAUGUAAAAUUUUCUUUCAUAUUCCUGUUAUUUUCUAAAUGUAUUAAAAUGUCUUCAUCUCUGUUUAAGUGAUUCCAGCCAAAUCUGAAGCUGCUUGCAUUGUGACUGUACAGUAUAUGACAAAAAUUGGUUCAUGGACUGUUUAUACCAGAUUUAUAUGUUAUGCAUUAAUGUUUUCAACUGUGAAAUUUUUGUUUUGUAAUAUUUGUCUAAAGUAGUAAAUAAAAAUAUGAAAGUUA